GACAGUCAUAAUCUAUGAAUCAACUGCUUGAAUACUUGUGUCCAUCAUAACUCGUUAUUUUAUCAUGUAAUGUAUCUCCCAGCCAGGGGCAAACAAUUGAGGCACACAACUUAAUUCUACGAUGAUGCAUGCAAUAAUAUGCCUGUGAUCUUUAAUAGUCACUUAGGAGUUGGCGUGACAUGGGUACCAUCAAGUUUUCCUUGAAUCUCUCCACGUGGAUGCUAAUAAACACCCUGAAAAUGUACUUAGGUGAUGAUAAACCUAGAACGUUGCUUGUUUUCUAUAUGUUAUUUUAAUGCUUAAUUAUGUUGUCCCUUCUAAAAUGAAUUACAAGUUAACUAAGUGGGAGAUAAAUGGCAAGCAUAGAACAUUCCACCUUUUUAGGCUUUUUCUUAAUUUUCGAUGCUCAUCAGCUUGCUUCUGUCUUGGCAAUAACAAGUCUACCUUCCAUCAUUACCAAAGAAGAGGAUUAUCUCUCUCUCUCUCUCUCUCUCUCUCAAGUGCCAGGCGACCAGCUCCAAUAGAUGGAUUUAUACAUUGAUAACACAAACAAAAGAAGAGGAAUCUCGCUCUCUCUCUCUCUCUCUCAAGUGCAAGGCGACCAGCUCCAAUAGAUGGAUUUAUACAUUGAUAACACAAAAACCCACUUAUAUUUAUAGGAGCUAAUGUUCCGCUAAAUUCAUCUCAAUAGCCGAACCUCUAAGAAGCAAUCCACAGAAAACAAAAGAUGUGCAAUACCACAGCAGACAAGUUCCCAUCUCCUUCCAUCCAUUCUUCAGAGAGGAAGCAAGGAUCUAAGAAGCCUAAAAUUCAAGUAUGCAGGCUUACCAGGCGAAGGUGUGAAGAGAACGCAGGGAAAGAUAUUAAACUGACAAACUUGAAGCUGUACCUGGAGAACAAAAUCAUCAUUGAAGAGAAUGAGAAGCUCAGGAAGAAAGCUAGUCUUCUUCAACAAGAAAACUUAGCAUUGAUUUCGGAAUUAGAAAAGAAGUUUCCUCGUACAUAUUGCUUCUCUGCCGCACUUGUAAUCCUCCCAAAAGAAUGCUGAUAACGUAUAUGAACUCCCAUGACUUCCC